AUGGGCCCGAAUAAUAGGGAUUUGGAGCUCUCAACUUUCGGCCAACAAACACAAUCGUCCACAGAAGAAGACCGCCUAUCAAGCUCUCUCGAUAUCAAUGCCAGUUGCCAAAAACUCGACAUUGAUGUCGAACAAAAUCGACAAUUAGAACACCCUGGUCAAACUCCACCACUGCUGUCAUUUGGCCAAGGGAGGCCGCUCCCACCACCUUUGCCAGGUCGCGACAGCUAUGUUGUCGACUUUGACGGACCAGAAGACCCUACCUUUCCCCAAAACUGGCCUUUGAGCACAAAGCUUUACCUGAGCUUCAUACUAGGAUUCACCUGCUUCGCCUCAACUUUUGAUUCGGCGGUUUUUAGCUCAUCCACCAGCCAUGUGUCCACAUAUUUCGGGGUGAGCGUUGAAGUUGCUUCUCUCACAAGCUCCGUUUACCUUCUCGGCUACGCGUUUGGGCCUUUGAUUUGGGCGCCGCUUUCCGAGCUCUAUGGCCGCCGGUUUCCCAUAGUCGUGGCCAUGCUGGGAUUUGGCAUUUUCAACAUUGCAGUUGCGGUGUCCAAAGAUCUUCAAACUCUUAUGAUCUGCCGCUUCUUCUGCGGCGCCUUCGGCAGCAGCCCACUUAUCAAUGUUGCUGCUAGUUUUGCCGACCUGUACAACAACCGUGCACGUGGAAUCGCUAUUGCCCUCUUUUCCAAUGCUGUCUUUCUGGGACCAUUGAUCGCACCAUGUGUGGGUGGCUUCAUGAACAAAUCUUACCUUGGAUGGCGCUGGACAGCUUACAUACCUGCUUUUAUGGGCUUUGCGGCUUUCAUUCUGAAUCUGGUUUUCCUGAAAGAGACCUAUGCUCCGGUAAUCCUUAGCUCCAAAGCUAAAGAGUUACGGCAUUCUACUGGAAACUGGGGAAUCCAUGCUAAGAACGAUCAGAUUGAAAUUGACUUCCAUGAAUUGGUAGUGAACAAUUUGGGUCGCCCUCUUCAAAUGCUUUACAAGGAGCCGUUGAUAUUGGCUGUCACAGUCUAUCUUAGCUUCAUUUACGGCUUACUUUAUUGCUUCUUGUCUGCAUAUACAAGCAUCUUCCAGGGGGUUUAUAAGAUGUCCGCUGGCGUGGCAGGACUUCCACUCAUCGGUAUUAUUGUAGGCCUCCUCGCCGCAACUUGCUACAUGAUUUUUCUGAGCAAAGAUUACAACGUCAAGCUACAGGCCAAUGGCAAUAUUCCCGUCCCCGAAUGGCGUCUUCCACCGGUGAUCCUCGCUGGUGUGCUUUUCUCCAUGGGGCUAUUUUGGCUUGGUUGGACAGGCUUUACGCGUAGCAUCCACUGGAUUGCACCAACGUUGAGUGGCCUGUUCACGGGUGCCGGUCUACUCAUUAUCUUCAUCCAAUUGUUCAACUAUUUAAUCGACACCUAUUUAGCGCUACCCGCGUCUGCACUAGCCGCAAACACGAUGUGUCGCUCACUUGUGGCAGCGGGAUUUCCGCUAUUUUCUCGACAGAUGUUUGCUGGCAUGGGCAUACAGUGGGCCGGGACUCUGUUGGCCUGCGUCGCCGCUGUUCUUGUUCCUAUUCCAAUCCUGUUCUAUCUAUACGGAAGACGCUUGAGAUUGAAGAGUCAAUAUGCCAAAGUGCUGGAUACCCCACGAACACCCUAA